CGCUGCCAGGCGGAGGGCUGCAGACCCAGGGCUGGCUUCCCUCUUGCACUGCUGGCUCAUGCAGCCUCGCUGUGCUGUGCCUGGCACUGUGGCUUUGCUGGUCCUUGGCUUCCCGUUCCAGUCACGCACCCAGUGCCAGGAAUCCCCCCGGCUGCCAGCACUGCCCUGCCCCGGCAGCUAUGACAGGAUGCCCGUCUGCGCUGCGGCGGGCGCGCACCUCCCGGAGUGCCCAGUGAGCCGGAUGCCCAUGGAGGGGCAGGACAAGGCUCCCAGCCAUGCGCCGGCCUGGGAAGGGGACGCCCUGCGGGUCAACCAGCUGCACAACAGCAACAACAACGCCUCGCCUGGGGGCUGGCUGGGCCGCAAGGGCUCCCGCUCCCUCUCGCCCUUCGGCCCCCGGGCCCCUGCUGGCGCCAACCACACGCUGAGCUACCUGGAGCGCGUCGUGCUGGAGCUCGUGGAGUCGGAGCGCACGUACGUGCGGGACCUGCGCAGCAUUGUGGAGGACUACCUGGGGAAGAUCAUCGACACCGAGGAGGAGCUGCUGCGGCCGGAGCAGGUCAGCGCGCUCUUUGGGAACAUCGAGGAUAUCUACGAACUCAACAGCGAGCUGCUGCAGGACCUGGACAGCUGUGACAGCAACCCCGUGGCCGUGGCCAGAUGCUUCGUGGACAGGAGCCAGGAUUUCGAUAUCUACACCCAGUACUGCAACAACUACCCCAACUCGGUGGCGGCUCUGACCGAGUGCAUGAGAAACAAGCACCAGGCUAAGUUCUUCCGCGAGCGCCAGGAGCAGAUUGGCCACGUGCUGCCCCUGGGCUCCUACCUGCUCAAGCCGGUCCAGAGGAUACUCAAGUACCACCUGCUGCUCCAGGAGAUCGCAAAGCACUUUGACCUGGAGGAGGCCGGCUACGAGGUGGUGGAGGAGGCCAUCGACACCAUGACCUGCGUGGCCUGGUACAUCAACGACAUGAAGCGCAGACACGAGCACGCUGUGCGGCUGCAGGAGAUCCAGUCCCUGCUGCUGCACUGGAAGGGGCCGGAUCUGACGACCUUCGGGGAGCUGGUGCUGGAGGGCACCUUCCGGGUGCACCGCGUGCGCAACGAGCGCACCUUCUUCCUCUUCGACCGCACCCUACUCAUCACCAAGAGACGGGGCGACCACUUCGUCUGCAAGAACGACAUCCCGUGCUCCUCCUUGAUGCUGAUCGAGAGCACCAGGGACUCGCUGUGCUUCAGCGUCACCCACUACAAGCACAGCAAGCAGCAGUACAGCAUCCAGGCCAAGAGCGUGGAGGAGAAGCGGGUCUGGACCCACCACAUCAAGAGGCUCAUCCUGGAGAACCACCACGCCAUCAUCCCCCAGAAGGCUAAAGAAGCGAUCCUGGAAAUGGACUCCUCCCACCCCGCUCGCUACAGAUACAGCCCGGAGCGGCUGAAGAAAGCGAAGUCGUGCCAGCCCAUGGACGAGGUGCCCCCGCAGGCACGGCAGGGGCGCCGGCAAUCGGAGCCCUUCCACCUCCGGCGCCGCAGGGAGAAGCUCCCGGACGGACUGCAUGGCGGUGUGGGGUCAGGGCGCGCAGGCCGCAGGAAGUCUGAGCCUGCCAAGCAGAUUGUCAAGCAGCUGGGUGAGAAAGCAGGACUGAAGCACGCCGACAGCACCGGAGCCCUCCUGGAGGCCGGGGCGCCCUUGCAGGUCCCUGGCAGCGCUUGGCAGCCGGCUGAGGGCGAGGGGGGCGCGGAGGAGGAGGAAGCAGCCGUGGGGAAGGAGGAAGAGCAGGCCCUGGGGCAGGGCUCGCUGGAGGAGCUGGCUGUGAGUGACAGCAGCGAGAAGGGAGCUGGGCCGGAGGAGGAGGGCCCGGUGGGCGAGGAGCAGGUAGCUGACUUUGCGAGCUUCCUGCUGGCGGCAUUGCACGGCUGGCACUGUCGGGCCAACGCUUUGCUUUUCUCCCGGGGCCGCACGGGCAAGGGGCCCAAGGGAAGCCAGGAGCCAGGGAGCCCCGAGAACCGUCGCAGUGCAGAGAUGGCCUCGGCCAUCCUGGAGGCUGCCCCGGAGCCCAGUGAGCUGCCUGAGGAAGAGGGCCCAGAGGAGUCCCCUGAGGCUGCGAGCACCCCCAAGCCAGCCCAGCCGGCCCAGCAGAGGGCGAUGGAGCAGGAGCAGAGCCUGGCCACGGCGGAGAACAUGGAGGACCUCAAAGCCCUGAGCAGCGAGGAAGAGGAGGAGGAAGAGGAGGAGACCAGGGCGAGGAGCAUUCUGCCCCCGUCCGUGCUGGACCACGCCAGCCUCAUCGCCGAGAUGUUCGCCAGCAGCUUCUCACGGCGCAGCAGCCUGGCGCUGGAGGAGGGCCGGCCCGGGGGCUUCUUGACGCCCAGGCUGGUCAGCCGGAGCAGCAGCGUGCUGAGCCUGGAGGGCAGCGAGAAGGGGCAGGGCCGCGGCAGCGCCGCCAACUCCCAGGGCCGCGUCUCGCCGCCAGGCUCCACCCGCAGCGAGGCCGCUUCGCCCGGCUCCUUGGAGCCCGAGCGCACCCCCUGCCACAGAAAAGAGUCCAUGCUCUCCCAGCGGGACCGGCUGCUGCUGGACAAGAUCAAGAGCUACUACGAGUGCGCGGAGCACCGUGACGCCGGCUUCAGCAUCCGGCGCCGGGAGAGCCUCUCCUACAUCCCCAAGGGGCUGGUGAGGAACUCGGUCUGCCGUCUCAACAGCCUCCCGCCACCGGAGCAGCACGCCGACGCCAGGCGGGGAGCGGGCGGCGCGGGGAGCGGCGGGCGGACAGCCGCCUGGGUGCUGGCGGGCGUCCCCACCGCCGGGUCCAGGGCCGAGCCCAGCACCCCCGUCGCCGAGGAGGAGUUCCGUCCGCCCGCCGAGAUGAUCAAGGUGUGGGAGGGCAUGGAGAAGCUGAGCGCCGGCCAGCCCUGCCCGGAGAGGGGCAGCGGGGAGGGCACAGCUGGCGCCACCGCCGCGUGGCCCCUGGACAGGAGCCAGGAGAACGGCUUGGACCUGCACGAGCCGCUGCUCAUCCUGGAGGACGACGAGCUGAGCGCCAUCGCAGAGGAGUCAGCCGGGCCCUCACCCGAGAGCCGGUCCCCCACGGAGCGAGCGGGGCCCACCAGGCUGGCCGGCCAGCUGCAGAGACUGGCGCAGGAACUGGGCCACCCUGCCAAGCCGUGCCCCCGGGUCCCGCCGCUCUCGGAGGCCGAGCUGAGCGAGCGCCUGAAGAACAAGGUGUACCAGCUGGCGCGCCAGUACAGCCUGCGCAUCAGGAACCGCCAGCCAGCCGGGCACAGGCGGCUUGCCAAGCUGGAGGAGCUGAGGAGCUGCGCAGCGUCCCCCCCGCGUGACGGGCACCAGGAGGUGAAGAGAAGCCCAGGCCCACGGAAGAAGCCAGCGCUCUCUCUCGCGGCCUUUGAGCAGGUGGUGCUGCAGGAGUACAGCCCCCGCACCCCGGUCUCUGCCACCGCCUCCUCGCAGGACAAGUCGCCCAAGUGCUUCUCCUACAGCCCCUCCUGCCCCACCUCGCCCGGCAGUGGCACCUCGCCCGGCCCCUCGUCCUGCAGUCCGCUCAGCCCCAUCGUGGCGGAGACGUUCACCUGGCCCGACGUGCGGGAGCUGCGCUCCAGGUACUCCUUUGGCACGGCCUUCCCCGGCCCACGCCGGCCCCCCCCAGUCAACAGGAGCCGGUCGGCGCCGGAGAAGAUGGUGGCUGAGCUGCCGGGAGGCGUCCCGGGACAGGAGGGCUGGCGCGGGCUGGAGCAGAGCACCGGGAGGGACCGGAGCACUGAGGAGAGCCCAGACCCCAGCGCCCGGCAACGCCAGAGGAACCAGAGCGCCGGCUCACUGCGCAUCACCGCGGAGGCCAUGCUGGGCGACCAGCGGGUCAUCGUGCUGGAGAAGGUGCCGUGCGGCGGCGACCCACCUGCCCCCGAGGAGCCGCCCGAUGCCGCCAGCUACGUGCAGAUCCGCUCGCCCACCUCGCGGGAGCGGAUCUCGCUCAAGGCUGUGGCAGAGCGCUGCAAGGCCUACCAGGAGUCGGACGAGUACCGGCGGCUGGAGGAGGGCCCGGCCCCCGAGCCCAGCCGGGCCGCGGGCUGGGAGCAGGCGGCCGCCGGCCAGCACGGCCGCGUGAGGAGCCUGCGGGAGAAGUUCCAGACCCUGAACUCUGCCAGUUGAGUGGACGCCUGGCCUGCCCGGCUCAUGAGGGGGAGGUCGGACUUGUGUACGUAGCGAGCGCCUUCCUCCCCCCCCCGCCAACACCCCCCCCCCGCAUGGGACUAAACCCCCAGGACCAGGCUGGGCCAUGGCCAGAGACCUGCUCUCAGCGGGGGCUCUGUGCUGAAGCAUGUACCUGCAGAUCCUGGGCUGGCAGGAGCAGCGGGCAGUGCCCACCACCAGGAUCUUGGCGCAGCGUCUGCCCACCGCCCUGCGGCUGAUCCUUGGCAGCCCUGCUGGCACGAGGGGCUGUGCUGCUGGCCAGUCCUGGAGGAGGAGGGUGAAUUGCUCUCCGCUGGGCUGGGUGAAAGGGAGCGUGGUGUACCUGGGUGCCCCAUGCAUGGUGGCUGUACACACACUUCAGUGCAAUAAUCACCCCUCUCGCCUCC